AUGGAAAAAAACGAAAACGAUGUCACAGUUGUAUCAGUAGACAGCCCAAAGACACCAAGCAUUUUGCCUAAAACAGGAGACAUAGUAACGGCCAAGGUAACAGUAGUAAAUCCCCGAAUGGUCCAAUGUGUAAUCUUGUGUGUUGGCCCUUCAGUUCUAGUAAGACCAUACAGAGGUAUACUCAAGAAAGAAGAUAUAAAAGCUACAGAAAAAGAUAAAGUGGACCCAUACAAAUGCUUUAGACCCAGUGAUGUUAUAUUAGCAAGAGUUCUUCCAAUGACUGAGAUUCAUUGGUAUCAUCUGUCAACAGCAGAAAAUGAACUAGGAGUUGCCAUAGCGACAGCAGAAGGAUCUCCACAAGGUGUGAGCAUGGUACCUAUAAGUUGGUCUGAAAUGCAGUGUCCAAAAACUCUGGUAAAAGAAUCAAGAAAAGUGGCUAGAAUUAUACCAGAGUACAUAAACCAGACAUUGUUUCCGAUGGGAGACAAUAACACUAAUAAAUUAGAAGAGAAAAAAGAUUAA